AUGCUAGUGGUCCAUUUAACGUGUUUCUUGUCAGACGUGACCAUGAAUGUUCUCGUCGUUCCUUAUACUUUUUUCUCUGCUGCCGUAGGGUAUCCUAUGGGAGUUUUGACAUGGUUUGGAGUACUCACUAUGUUCCAAGUCUACUCUGGCUUUACGUCUGUUAUGCUUCUCGGUCCUGCUCUUGUUUUGUUUUUUGAAGAUCGUUACAACCAUUUGGUUCGAUUAGACUCGGAUACAAGAAGUCGUUUUAUCAAGAGAUGCAUUCACUUUGGAAGCUACUACUUUCUAACUUUCAUCUGCAUGAUUCCCUUAUUUUUUGAAAUUCCAAGUCUACAAAAUGCAAAGAAACUAACAUACAAUGAGUUCCCAUGUCUACCUCAAAAUAUUUUCGAGAAACCUGGAGUCUUCAUGUUGACUUCAAACACUGGACCAGCAAUGGCUUGCCUUUUCAGCUUUUUCUUUAUUUCUGCCUGCCAAGCGUUUUAUUUCACAUUCCGACGAAUCGAGUCCAAGUCUGGUCCAAGUUUGUAA